AUGCCUUCUCUCUCCAUUGAAGAUGUGACGUCCUCCGCUGUUGCCGUCACCACCGCUCGCAUCGCACGAGCUCCUUCCAUCGCCGUUCUCAAUGCGAAAGAUGACACUAACACAACUCCAAAGACAACAACGCGUUUAAUUGAUUCUGAUCUUACCGUUGCUCUUGUCUUUCAACAACAACACUAUCAUCAUGACUUUGAUUUAACCUCAACUUCUCCUUCCUUCACUGCCAAGUUGAACAAUGUUGUUAUUGCCUCAAGUAACUUGCAGUACGGGACAUUUAACACCGUUGUUACGUUGAGACAUGGCAAUAUCAGCAACCGCAUCAUAUGUUCCAACAGAAGGGGCAUUUUCUGCUGUGUGCUACUUCAGGAUCAGAAGACUCUUUGUAGACUGGCUCAAAAUUGUGAGGCUGCUAAGAAGAGUCGAUUGAGGAAGAAGUAUGGUUUUGUUGUUAUUUCUGCUUACCAUUAUGUCCAUGGGAUGAUGUUUCCUUUGGGUGUAUUUGCUGCAACUGGAACUGUGUGGGAGCAUGCUUUCGCAGUUGUCGGAAAUGGUGCCUUAGCAUUUGAUAUGAACUUUAUGCGCUGGAUUAAUCAACAUCAUCGGCUGAUUAGUGACAUAAGAUCAGCCGUAAAUUCUCAAAUGGGUGAUAAUGAAUUGAAUCUUCUUAUCGAUGGUGUCUUGGCAUGUCCUGAUGAACUAUUACAGGUAAAAACCAUAGGGGCCAAGGAAGAUGUAUUUCACAUACUUUCUGGAACAUGGAAGACACAUGCAGAAAGAUGCUUCAUGUGGCUAGGUGGAUUCCGUCGAUCAGAGCUUCUUAAGGUGAUUGAUCAUCCACAUUAUUGCUCAGAAAAAUGA